GUUGUUUGCAAAUGUAAAAAUGACAAAAAUUAUCAAUAGCCAAUUGCACUUUGCAUUAUUAUUUCUGCCACCUUUGCAACUCCCCCCCCCCAAAGGCACUGUAAACAGUUCUACAAAUAAGGCUGAACAGCAUUUCGUACUGUUAAGUGCAUUAUCAGGAACCAAAGUUUGACCUCACUUUGUGCUUAUUAGGGGUUCUUUUGCAAAGAGAUUUAGAUGUGUGUUCAUUGAUUUUCAUUGGGAAUGGAGACUGGGCGGGAGGGAAGGAAGCCUCGGAAAUAGUAUCCAGACCUGCUCGUUGUCUCUAGAGCACGAGAGAUGUUACAAAAAGCGGGGUCUUGUGGGGGUGGCCGGUUCGUUCUCUCAGGAUCCGGAGAGAAGCCCAACAUCCGCGCACGAUGACAUGGCCUGAGACAGGCGGGUAAACAUCUUUGACCACGAUGAGUUGGAGUUUCUUGACCCGUCUACUUGAGGAGAUCCACAAUCAUUCCACAUUUGUUGGGAAGAUCUGGCUGACUGUGCUGAUUGUAUUCCGCAUUGUUCUCACUGCUGUGGGAGGGGAAUCCAUCUAUUAUGAUGAACAAAGCAAAUUUGUUUGCAAUACAGAACAGCCAGGUUGUGAAAAUGUGUGCUAUGAUGCUUUUGCCCCCCUCUCCCAUGUGAGGUUUUGGGUAUUUCAAAUCAUCCUAGUCUCUACUCCCUCAGUAAUGUACUUAGGCUAUGCUGCUCACAAAAUAGCUCGGAUAGUGGAACAUGGUGAAACGGAACGGAAGUUACGAAGCAAACCUCUUCUAAUGCGCUGGAAACAACAUCGAGGUUUAGAAGAAGCAGAAGACGAUAAUGAGGAAGAUCCAAUGAUGUAUCCAGAGAUUGAGGUAGAGAGCGAACGAGAGAACAAGCAAAAUCCAUCCUUCGCAAAAAUAAAGCAUGAUGGUAGGAGGCGAAUCCGAGAAGAUGGGCUUAUGAAGAUUUACAUCUUUCAACUGCUGAGUAGGACUAUGUUUGAAAUUGGCUUCCUGAUAGGCCAGUACUUACUCUAUGGAUUUGAAGUCAGUCCAACGUUUCUUUGUAGCAGAAAUCCGUGUCCUCAUACUAUUGACUGUUUCAUUUCAAGACCCACAGAAAAAACCAUAUUCCUGCUCAUCAUGUAUGGUGUGAGUGGUUUGUGUUUACUUCUGAACAUCUGGGAAAUGCUUCACUUGGGAUUUGGCACCAUUCGGGACACACUGAAUAGCAAGCGAAAGGAGCUAGAAGAUUCAGGAACUUACCAUUAUCCUUUUAUUUGGAAUACCCCAUCAGCUCCUCCAGGGUACAAUAUUGCAAUGAAACCUGAUCAGAUACAGUACACAGAAUUGUCUAAUGCCAAAAUAGCACAUAAACAGAACAAAGCCAAUAUUGCCCAAGAACAACAAUAUGGCAGCAAUGAGGAGAACAUUCCCACUGAACUGGAGAACAUUCAGCGAGAAAUCAAAGUAGCUCAGGAACGCUUAGAUCUUGCCAUCCAUGCAUACAAUAAUCAGAAUAAUCCAUCCUGUUCCAAGGAGAAAAAGCCUAGAGGCAGCUCAAACAAAAGCAGUGGCAGUAGUAAAUCAGGGGAUGGGAAAACUUCUGUUUGGAUUUGAUGCUCUUCACUUAAGAGGGAAUGCAUACCUUUUUCUCAUGGCGUAUUAUAUCUAGCAAACUGGGUGCAAAAUAAUUUCCAGUAAAAAAAUAAUUGGCCUUAGUAAAAUCCAGAGAUAUUUCGUGCUGCUAAAUGGUAUUGUGCAAAAGAACAGAAGAGAAAAGUAGUUAUGCUCACAUUCUGAUGUUUCCAAAACUUGUAUUCAUGUUUCUUCCAGAUCUGCAGAAGUCCCAGGGAUUUUUUCAAUUAUUUUUGUUAAAACAGUUUAUACUGUAUGUACAGUAUUAUGGUACCUUUUAUUAUGCACAUUUUUGUAUUUGUACAUUGGAUAUCUCAAUUAUACAUUUUAUAUUAAAAGGAAUCAAAUAGGAAUUUUCAAUGUUCUUCUGAAGCUUUCCUCCUCAAUUUCAUAGAGAUGGCUGAUGUUACUUUGAAUUUUAUAAAGGUUUGAAUUAUGGAGCAGAUAAUUCUGGAUGACUGUUAUGAACAGCUAUAACCCCUUUUUCAUUCUUGUCCCAACCAAAUAAAUUAAACUUUAGGUUAGUGAAAUAUGUCUUCAGGUGUAGUCAGAUUUUUUUUUUCCUGUAGUGAAUAUCUUUGAAUCUGAGUGAACAAAAAAAGUGAAUUUCAGACUGGCUGCUUCUGGCACAUAACCUUGCAUUCAGUUUAUGAAAGUCUUUCAAGAAAAAAGUACCUGGAGUUGAUAUUUUGUGAAUUAAAAAAAGUAAGAGUUCAACCACUCUGAAAAUAAAACUAAAAUAAAUAAAUUGAUGGUUGAUUUAAAACAUAUAUUUGAUACUGCACAGUUGGGACAGCAAUUAGGUAUCCUUCAGAUAAUUUACACUGCAGCUCCCAUAUUACUGACUUACAUUGGAAUUAGAGUCCAAAAAUCUAAAUGGUACUAGGUUGCCUAUCUCUAAUUUAGGAAUGAUUUCAUCACCUCUUGAGCUUGGAAACAAUUUAAACUUUGGAAAAAAGUUAGGCAAGUUAAACUAUUGUUGAGCCAAAGAGAAGGUCUGCUUUCUUGAAACUUGAAGUAGUACUCAAAUGGUGGGGAAAAACAUCUCGAUUUAAGGGAAAUAUAAACCGAAUUAAAAAAUAUUUGCCUUUAUUUUGAAGUGGGAAAUGUUACUUUAAAGGCAUGUGAUAUACUGUAUAGCAUGGUUCUUCAGGAAGUUCUUUAUUGUGAGACAUAGUGAGGGAUUGUGAAUUUGAAGUGAUGGAAAAAUUUGUACUUUGAAAAAUCUGUUUAUUUUAGCAGUAUCCACCUAAGGUCAGUCUUCCUCCUUUGGUCUUUUAAAUUCCUGUCCUGCUAUUUAUGUAUUGCAUACAAAAAGCAGCAGGAAACUACUUGGGAGCAGUAUAUUCUAGUCAGCCUUGUGAAACUGCAGGCUGUUCUAAUUAAUUACAUAGAUCCUUUGAAGGAGAGCUUCAGCUCCAUACAGCAAGCUGGAAGUCUUAACUUCUUUCCUAAUGAGAACAAAAUAGUUAUCGGCUUUUGGAGUUUGCCCAUUAUUUGGUUCAUAGAUUCAAUGUAUUUGAAUUGCUGUGGUUUUAUCUACUAUGGUGCUGAGCUGACAUUUGCAAAAUGUCGUUAGAAAAUGGUGUUGUAUAUUUUAUUGCAUUCAAGAUACAGUAAAAUCUGAAUUAAAAACAAUGGGUAGCAAUGACAGUAUCCCAAGUGCUUGUCAUUUUUCCUACUGGCUUUGCAGAACCUAUACAGAAAUCUAACAGCUAUUUAGGUGGAAAAUGGGGCUG